AUGCAGAGCUUGCAGAGCUCUCGGAUACCACAUAUUGCGCUGGCACUCAUUUCCAAACGAUCAAGUACGCGGAGAUGCUUGAACCACACGUUCCAAGCCAGCGAGAUCCGCAACCAUGUCUAUGCCAGAUCCUCGAUGCACCAUUUCGACAGACAUGCCUCGACGGCACUGAAGAGGAUGCCCCGACAGAAGCCAGUUAGAAGAGACCCAGUAGACACGACCGCGCCCCUACCGAAGCCAGUUUACCAGCCCUACACCCGACCCCUGCCACAAUUCCUUCAAAGGCUAUUCGUAUCCAAGGCCGCCUACUUCUGGGGCGCUUCCAUCAUGGGCGUGGCGUUUGGAAUAUACUGCACGAUGACCUACAUAUCAUACCGACGGGCGGUCGAGCGAGCAAAAAGCCUGGACCUACCACAAAACGCCGACGUGUCCAGCCGAUGGCUCGAUCUCUCGCGCGACUUUGACGACGAGGUGGACUUAUCCGAGCGGCUGGCGCGGCUGCACAAGAAACGCGCGGCGCUGUGUACGCAGGCGCACGGGAAUGUGCUCGAGGUCAGCUGCGGUACGGGCAGGAACAUGCGGUUUUACGAUCUGCGGCCUCUGCGGCAGCCAAGCGAUACGCGAGUCAAGAGUCUGGUGUUCAAUGAUCAGAGCGAGAUCAUGGUGUAUCAGGCGCAGAAGAAGUAUGACAAGUUGCAAGAGGCUGUGGAGCCGAUUAAUAAAUUUAAGGGACCGGUGAGGUUCAUCGUGGGAGACGGUGGUGACAGGCGCGUUAUCCGCAGGCCUGAGGGAGGGUUCGAUGUGAUCAUCCAGACAAUGGGCAUCUGUAGCAUGGCGAAUCCUGUGGAAUUCCUUAAACGUUUGGGCACCUUGGCCAGGCAGCCUGGGGAGAAGAGCGCCACAGCCGCCUCAACAGCGACUGGUAAGCAAGCAGAGGAAGCAGCUGAAGGACCGAAAGCCACAGACUACGGCUCUCCCGACGAAGAGGCGGAAGCCAGCAAGGUUUCAAUCGACAGAGGCGGAAAGAUCCUUCUACUGGAGCACGGGCGGUCGACGGUUGGGUUCGUGAACAACUUUCUAGAUGAUGUCGCCAAAGAACACGCCGACCGGUAUGGAUGCUGGUGGAACAAGGAUAUUGAGAAGGUGGUCAACGCGAGUGGACUCGUGGUCGAGAGCAUGAAUCGAUCGGCUUUUGGCACCGUCUACGAGUAUGUCCUCCGGCCGGCUCCUGCUGUCGAGCUGAAGGAACGCGGUGAGAAGAAAGCGUAA